AAAAUGAACUCCACAAUGAUGAACCACUCGGACAAAUUCGGGCAGCUUAAUGACACCUUGCCCGGAAUAGCAGGCGGGAGCGACAUCGACUCCGACAUCUACAGGAAACUGAGUAUCCUCCUUAUAUGGUUCGCACACAUGGAGGUCGUCCUGUCCACCCUCGCCAUCGUCUUCGGUUCCGUUGUCCUUAUCGUAAUCGCAACGCAAAGAUCCUUUCACAGUGUUACCCAUUAUUUUAUCGCAUCUCUGAUGUUGGCUGAUAUGGGCAUGGCGUUAUGUGUUCUGGUCGAAGGGUGCCUUUUUCUCUCGACCGACUCUCAGAUUUUUACUUCUUGCGGAGGCCUUAAUAAAUACCUACAACAUGUGGCGUAUCAAAUGUCCUGCAGUUCUCUCAUCCUCCUCACUUUCACCCGAUACGAUGCCAUAAUCAACCCGCUCAGAUCCAUCAACCGUUGGACUACCGCCCGCAUCGCAUCCGUAAUCUGCUUCAGUUGGCUCCUGUCCUUUCUUCUACACAUACCAUCAUACUUUCAAGUCUGCAACCCGACUACGGCAUUGGACAUCAGCCUACAGAUGUACAUAUACAGCAUCAUGUUUCUCUUUCCAUCUAUCCUUCUCUUCUUCUGCUACGCACGGAUUCUCUGCCGCGUCGUAGGCAACACGUUCCGCAAAAAGCAGCUCGCGGCAACGCGCGCAGCACGACCCGCGUCGCACGCCAAAAUGACCCGGAUGGUGUUGGCGAUACUGUUGAUAUUCUUUCUGUUCCGCGCGCCACGUUCGACGUUCAUUCUACACAAGUUCUUAACCGGAUGGAAAAGCGUGCGCUGGUUUGAGGACCUGAUACUGCUUCUGUCAUUCAUUACGCUUGAGCAUCUUAAUUGCGUACUUGAUCCGUUCAUCUACGCGCUCUCCGCUCCGCAGUUCAAGAAAUACCUGGCCAAAACCAUGCAAUGCUGUAAAAAAUUUCAAGAGAAGAAAGAUAAAGAGGUCUCGAAAACCGUUUCCACGGAGAUUUCGACAAGAAUAUAAAGCUCUAUUGAUGCCCUCUGUGAAAUAGGAUUGGGCGUUCGGACUACUGCAUCAGAAUGUCGCAAUUCUCCAAUGCGCGUUUUUGAUUGGCUGAAAGUCAAAUUGCAAAUGAUUUUCGGAGUUGCGUUUGAUUGCAAAUCUUUCAUAACGUGCCACAGGCGUUGGAUUCAUUGGCGCGACUGCGACACAUAUCUCUUAAUUUAUUUAUUGGUUGGUUGAUUGAUUGAUUGAUUUUUUCGCCAUAAAAUGUCUCAUAGUUUAUGCCCACUGAUGAAUCGGGUAUGCGAGAUAAUCUUGAGAGCUUAUUUCAUGUGGUUCUCAAACUAUCAUCGAUUAGACUUUGUAGAAUAACUAUAAUUAGGGAUAGUCUUAGUGUAUUUGCUAUACCGAAUGUUUGCCUAUAGUGUGAAGUACAUAUUUUCAUAUUACAUUUUAGGACAAAGGCCUACAGAUUAUAUUUGAACAUGAUUUUUUACGUUCACAACAAACAUGUUCAGUUCUUCUUAUACGCCAUAAUGAUACUCUUCUAAAACGUUAUAUAACAACAUUAAUUUAUAUAACAACAUAAACGUUAUAUAACAACAUUCCCCCUUUGGCUGCUAUUGCUCAAGCAUUUUUUUGCUUA